AUGAAAAUAGGGGUACAGGAAAUUGAAGAAGCUAUUAUUGACCGGCCGCUCCCAGUCCAUCGUUGCAGUGACACACUUAAGCGGCCCUAUCUGCAACUCGUCGCCGCGAAUCUCCACCCAUCGCUACCUAGGCUCCGACCACUGGGGCGAAUAUUGACCCUUGCCGAACCACCUUCAUUAGAUAGUGAACAGCUACGUUUAACGCCGAAGUAUGGCGAAGUUCUUUCAACACCAGUACGAAGUACUAUGUACGAAAAUGAAGCAUUAACAAGUGGCAAAACAAGUGAUAAUAAGUCUAGAACUGAAGCUUUAAAUGGAGACCCCGAUAUCAAUUUCAGCGACUUACCGCAAUACAAAAAAGUAAUGGAGAUGUUGCUCCGAGAUAUUCAACGGGGUAAUCAUCUGUUGCUAGUCGAUGAUCGGGGACUGGAAAAUAAGAAAAUCGUAGACAGACUGUUACAUCAAUUUGAAUCACCCUACAUUAUACACAAAGUUGCACCGCGACGCAACGGAACAGUCUUUGAUAGUACACCCAACUAUCAAAAAUGGAACAGUCAUUUACGAAGAUUCACAACUCGUUAA